AUGGAUGCCAAUCCAGCUCCAUUUCUGUACCCACUAGAGCAUUCUAAAAUUCUUCACCUGGUGAGGCAUGCGGAAGGAAUCCACAACGUAGCAGGAGAGAAAGAUCAUGAUGCCCUGUCAGCUCCUGAAUAUUUUGAUGCACAUCUCUCUCCUUCGGGAUGGCAACAGACGGGCAAUCUAAGGAAGCACGUUCAUGCAUCUGCACUGCUUAAGAGGAUUGAUUUAGUCAUCACUUCUCCUUUGUCAAGGGCCAUGCAAACUGCAACAGAAGUCUUUGGUAGCGAAGGCCAUAUAAAUGGAUCAAAGGAGGCAAAUCUGGACGAUAAUGGGAUAUCUAGUCUCAAUUUCCCACCAAUUGUAGCAGUUGAACUUUGUCGAGAACGUUUGGGAGUUCAUCCAUGUGACAAGAGGAGAACCAUUAGCGAGAAUCGGUCUCGAUUUCCCACAAUUGAUUUUUCAUUGGCAAACAUUUUGUGGACUGCUGAUGCUAGGGAGACCGAUGAAGAAAUUGCAGCCAGGGGCUUGAAGUUUAUGAGCUGGUUGUGGACACGACCAGAGAAAGAAAUUGCAGUAGUUACUCACCAUAGAUUCUUGCAGCAUACGUUGAAUGCUUUAGGAAAUGAUUGUCAUCCGUCAGUGAAAAACAAGAUACGCGAAAAGUGA